UCGUUUUUUAGAAAAGCUUAGUGUUCUGUGAACAGCAACCUGAGCAGCGUUGGAAGGCUCGGAGUACGGAAAUCUGGAUUAAAUAACCUAUUUGUGUUAUAGGUUUGAGCUAAAGAUCAUGGCACAAUUGAGACAGCUGUUUGUUGCAUUUUUACUGUGUGGUGCAGCAGAGUCCAGUUUGCUCUGUGAGAGGAAUGUGGAGGGGAAACCGUACAGCACUGUCACCUUCACCUGUCACCUGGGCGGGGGCCGUCCCCAAGAUAUCGUUGCUGUGACCUGGAAGAAAGGCGAUGACAUUGUUGCUCAGGCUGUCUCGGGGAAACAAAGGUGGAAGCGAGAAGUAGCAGGAGAUCCAAGAGCAGAGCUCAUUGAGGAAGAGCUUCAGAAAGGAGACGUAUCUCUGCACCUCAAAGAUGUUGAUUACGCAGACCAGGGCUCCUAUCAUUGCACAGUCGCCACACGCUCCAGGAAAUGGGAGGGCGUUGUCAAGCUGUCUGUCGAGGAGCCUGAGGUACCCCAAGUGGUCUUCGACCCAGAGACCAGCAUCUUUACCUGUAUUUCGACUGGCUGGUAUCGUGAGCCUGAGGUCCAGUGGACCAAUGAGAAAGGAGAGAACCUGACUGAGCUGUCAGAGACAGCACCAGCAGAGCAGAAGGGUGGAGUGUACAGAGUGAGGUCUGUUCUGAGAGCCAGUGAUCUUCACCAGCAUUACAUCUGCAAAGUCAAAGAGGGGAAGAUGGAGAAAGCAAUCAGGAAUAUCAUCACAGCUGGAAAGACAGAGCUCUAGACCUCUUUCACAGGAAGAAGACGCUUGCUGUAGCUGUGUUAGAAUGAGCUUUAUUUGAUAUUAUAAUAAAUCACUGCUUUGUACAGGGGUGGGCAAUUCCGGUCCUGAGUAGAUUCAAUUCAUUUAGCCUGUCUGCAUACGAUAUGCCUUUUACACCCGGGAUAAUUCUGGUUUCUCUUCUUUGCACUCUUUCUAGAGCAGCAAUAUUGUUUUUGUAACGAGGUGACCAGAACAACACAAUAUUCGAGAUGAGGUCUUACUAAUACAUUGUAAAGUUUUAACAUUACUUCCCUUGAUUUAAAUUCAACACUUUUCACUCUAUAUCCGCACAUCUUGUUGGCAUUUUUUAUACCUUCCCAUAGUCUAGAUGAAGACAUUUCUGAGUCAACAUAAACUCCUAGGUCUUUUUCAUAGAUUCCUUCUUCAAUUUCAGUAUCUCCCAUAUGAUAUUUAUAAUGCACAUUUUUAUUGCCUGCGUGCAGUACCUUACAGUUUUCUCUAUUAAAUGUCAUUUGCCAUG